GCUCUGGAGUUCCUCCUGGCCCUUGCAUCUCUACUGUCAGCACAUGGCCAGGAAGAACAUUUCAGCAUCCAAAUAGUGCCCCAGGGAACAGAAGGGUGCCAAAGGCCCCCAUGGGACUCCAGACUGCAACUGGUACCAGACCAGGAGAACUAUGUAAAGAAUGAAGAAGUGAUGCUGAGCUGCCCUGAUGGUUUCCAGCCGUCCUUCACCCAUGUCAAAUGUUCGAGUGAAGUCCAGUCCUUCUCUCGUGGGAAACCUGUGUACAAGGAAGUCUGGAUUGGAAGAAACUCCAGAGGUGUCUGGGUCCGCAUUCGGUCCAGCGUGGAGUGCAGUGAAAUCCUCAAGGUUGACCCUGAGACCUUUGAGAUUUCCAGCAGCAGCAUCAAACUGAAGUGGACCUGCAGGUUCCCUGAUGCCUGCCAGGGCAUGAGGGCCAUGUGCCGGCUGGCAGCGCCUUCCUCCCCUCCCUGUGAGGCUAAGGAGGUGAAAGGAGAGCAGAUGUUACAUGGCCAGGAGGGAGCAUUCACCUGCUCCCCUUUGCAGCCCUUCACUGAGUACCGUGUCACCAUCGACUUGCCCCCCAACACAACCCUUUUCUCAUGGUUGUUCAUGACAGAGCAAACAGUGCCGGACAAACCGGAGCAACUGUGGCUGGAUCCUGACAGGGGCUCUCUCAGGUGGAACUCGCUGCCCUCCUGCAACGGGGAGAUCAUCGGAUACCAGCUGAGCAUCACAGCCAGGAACGCAGCGGACAGCAGCGUGCUGGAGACGGAGCGGCUGCGGCUCAAUGGCUCCGUCACUGAGCUGCGGCUGCCGGAGCACAGCCCUGGCAGCAGCUACGCCGUGACCAUCCAGGGACUGACGGCUGCCGGAGCCGGGGCUGCGCUGGCCAAGGAGUUCCACAGCAGCAGCAGCAGCAGCAGCUCCGACACCCCGGGGCCCCAGGGCAUCAGCUGCCGCAGCGCCCGCGACAUCGCCCCAUGGCAAGGCACGGCCGUGCUCGCCCUGAGCCCCAUCGCCCGCGGCUCCGGAGCAGCCAGGGAGCACCAGCUGCUCGUGGCCCCGACGCACAACGGCUCGGUGAUCGAGGGCAUGUGCUCGGGGCAGCCGCAGCUCCUCAACGCCAGCGUCUACGUGGCCGCUGUUCUCAACCUCAGCGCCCCCACGGACUUCGUGCUGGGCGACGGCAGCCGCGGGCAGGGCGAGCACAACGCUGCGCUCCGCCCGGGCUGCGGCUACACGGCCCUGCUGCGCCUCGCCCGCCGCUCGCCGCAGGCAGAGAAGUUCACCUGUGUCUGCUACAGCUUCUCUCUUGUUGCAGGGCAGACUGCAGGCCAGUGGCAUGGCAUUGUGAUUGGACUGGUUGUGCUGUUGGCAGUCCUCCUUCUGACUGCAGUCAUCCUGUGGUUUGUGCUCUCCAGGAAAAGGAAGUAUUUGCCCAACAAAACUCAGGAGGAUAAUGAAAAAGGUAAAGGUGGCUAGGCUGGAGAUCAGUCACUUCAGCCCCAGCCAGGACCAUGGAGACAUCCGGAGCAGUGUGGACAUGGGGAAAAUGGGAAGGAUGACCCUGGCUCAGUCCUGAUGGUUGCCAUGUCCCCUGGCUCUCCUGUGACUGUGACCAGCCUGGGGGACCCAUGCAAUUCAUCCAAUUCAUUGCAAGAGGAAAACACAAGGCCAAGGAGGGUUGAGCUUUUUCAUACCUCAGCCCUUUCACUUUCACGUUUUCUUACUGCUUUUGUAAGGCCUUUGAAUCUGGCUUUCUGUAAUCAUUUUUUCCUGGGCUUUAUUUUCAUUUUUGCUUUCCUGGAAGCAGGACUUGUAUGUAGGAUUUCUCAGUCUCAGACCCACACAGCUCAGUUGAUGGCAUUCUCCUCCUGUCCUCUUGGUCCCCAACCCUUCUGCCCUCUCUGUUGAUAUUCAGCCAAACCCAGG